AUGAGAAGCGUCAAGAGAACCAAGAGUGGCGAUGAUGCUACCAGUAAAGUUACCCCCAAUAAUAAUAAAAGUCCUGCCAAGAAAAACACUCCUACCAAUGGCGGUGGUGGCGUGAUGGGAUGGAGUGAUACCCAUCGACUCUUGUUUGCCGGAAUGAUUUUAUUCAUUUUUGUCGAUCAUUUCUAUCUACGAUCGCAGUUGAUUGUUGUGUCGCAGUCCGUAGUGGCCAAUAAUAAUGCGACACGGAAUAUUCAUAAUCAUUCCACAGCAGCAGCAGUACAAGAACAACGCAGAGAAGAAGAAAAAGAAACUACUUCUACGAGUACAAUCACUACACCAGCUGAUACAACCACUACGACAACAUCCGAAAAAGAGGCAAUAGUGGAAACUGAAAAAGCUCCUGUUGUUCCAGCUGUGCCAGUACAAGAAACAGAAACAACGACAACUACUCCCACAGAACCAAUCUAUUUGACACCAUCACAACGACGAAAUCGAAAAAAAUGGGAACGGCAAAAAAGAGCACAACAGCAACAGCAACAGCAGCAGCUACAAGAAGACUCUGCUGCUGUUCCACCACCCGAGUCAAUCACCACUACUCCAGAAUCAACAACCGACACGACUGUCAGUACACCCCAGUCAAUCAACACUCCAGAAACAGAAUCAGCAGGAGCACCUCCUAUGGAAACAGAACAGCUGGCUACAACGACAGAAACCAGCUUACCAGCAGACAUACCGGUAACUACAACAGCAGACACAACAACUCUUGGUACAACCGAGGCAAUCACCACAUCUCCAGAAUCAGCAGAAACAGCUGCAGCAGAUACGGACAGUACAUUGUCUGCAGAAGCUCCUUCUAUAGAAACAGAACAGCCAGCUACAACUACGGAAACCAGCACAGCAGAAGACGCAACUCCUGUUGUGGAGCCACCACCGGUUGACACAACUACGGUUCCCCCACCUCCUCCUCCUGCUGCAAAAAAGCCAAAGAAGAAGAAAAAGGGACGACGAGGGAGAAACAAAAAGGAAAACAACCCCCCUCCAGUGGAGCAAGAGCCUCCACAACAAGAACAACAACAGCCAAUCAUGACACUACUCAGCAAUAAUGCAGAUCUUGAAAACAUGCAAGCUCUCUCCAACAUGACGGGUGUACCAAUGCCCACGGAACAACAGCUGACUCCCGAGACCAAAAUGAUAUUCUUGAAAGACACCAUCUAUUGGCUGCUCCGACACAACGAAGCAAAACAGCUUGACGACAACAACAGCAACAAUAGCAAUAAUAUCCGUGUGCCCACAAUUCCCAAGGAAAAGGAUACAUUCAUGGGGGUCACUCUGGGUCAGCUGAAAAAGUAUCACCCAGCUAUAUUCCAGCGAAUGGAUGCCGUCACUCUGGUGACAAUCUUGCAAGAUAUUGAGUUGGCAAGUGGAAACAGAACGACAUCAACAACAACGACUACGACGGAUCCAGCCUCCACGACCACUUCGAAUGCAUCCUCCACGACGACUACCCCCGCUGAUAUGGUGGAUGCUACAAAAGAGACUACCAAUCCCAUUGCCACCACCACCAGCAUGCCAAAUAAUACUACUACCAGCCCUCCAAGUACUAUUACUACUACUGCCUACCGAACCACCAACAGCCACAACGACCGCUUGGUGGCCCAAAUCAACAACUACCAUGCCGAUCAUAAUAAUGGAACCUACAACUACAACUACACCCAAUUGGAACUCCAGCAUUAUCAAAAUCAUUUCAACAAACUCAUGAGAUUGCGAAAAACUGAUAUUCAAGUCUUUGAAGCACGGGGAGGAUGGAAGUUCUUUUUUGAACACGUUGAUGCCUACAUGGUCAGUUCCAAAGAUCUCGACUAUCAUUUGGAACAAAAACAGGUCGUCACCAACCACGAUUCUCCUGUGCUCGGCAAUCGACUAAACAAUCAUCUCAUUCAUGUUCCCAAACACAAGACAAGCUUGUGUCAUGCGGCCAGAAUCUUUAAUCAGUUUCGUGAACACCCGGAUACGAUUGCGCAGAACAAAUCCUGGCCACAUGUCUUGCUGUUUGGACUGCAUGAAGACAAUGGUGGAUUGAGUGGCAAAAUCAAUGGAGAAACAGUUGGAUUCAAUCGAGACGGGGAAUGGAAAAAGGCGGGUUGCAAGCCCAGGGAUAUUAUCAAGUAUUUGGAUCAUCCUGAUACCAUUGCCGCCAUUACUUGCCAGUGGCAUUUUCGCAUCGACCAUCCCAAAACGUACUCAAUAGCACUAGGUAUGCGUUUCCGUACACAAGCCGAAGCAGCCUACAGUGUAAUCAAGAAACUGAAACCACCCACAGAUCCCUCGUGGAAUCAUCGGCCACGAAAACUCAUGUUGAACUUUAAUGUUCGGGGUGGCAAUCGAGAACGAGCCAUGCAGCAGAUUCGAACUAACUUUGUCAAUUCGACCAGUGUCAGCACGCAGCAAUCCUGGGGUGGCAGCCCCAAGCGCAAUCUAGAGGGAUACUUUGAGCAACUGUCAGAGGCCAAAUUCAUUCUGAGUCCUGGUGGAGCUGGCUUUGACUGUUAUCGAAACUGGGAGGCCCUUUUCAUGGGAGUGGUUCCAAUCAUUGAAAUGGUGGGAAGAAGCCCUGAUGGAUGGCUUCGGACUUUCAAUGAUUUGCCAGUGCUAGUAGUGGAAAGCUUUGCAGAUUUGACACCAGAGAUGUUGGAAGAAAAGUACCUUCAAGUUUUGCAGAGCUGGCAUUUGUUCAACUGGGAGAAGCUGACCUUUCAUUGGUGGAUCCAUUGGGUUUACCAGUUUUUGGAGGACAACAAUCUUCCCUACACGAGACCCAACGCUGGCAAGCCUACUUGGGGAAUCAGUAAAGUUGGAGGCUCACUGAUCAAGUAG